AUGAUUUAAAAACCAUUUCUUUAUGUAACAAAUCCUGAGACAUUCAUUAUUUAUAAAUAUCAAUAUUAGGAUGGAAUAUAUAAAAAGAUUGGGCCACAUAUUCCAUAAGAAUUUGAAUUAAUGAAUGUUAGAUAGUAAUAAUAGUAUCGCUAAUGGAAAGCCUUAAAAUUUAUGAUGUGGAGUAUUUUUAAUAAAGAUAAGAUUUAAAAUCCUAUUGAUUUUAGAAUCAUUCUAUGUAGAUUGAUGGAUUUAAAUACUAAUAUAUUAUUGGCAAUUAUUAGUACAAUUGGAUUAAGAUAUUUCCUUCUUAAAUUACAAUCACCAUUUAUGGAUUAUUAUUUUGAAGAUAGGUUAAUAACAUUUCCAAAACUGAAAAAGUAAUGUAUAGUUAUAUUGAUAGAGGUUUGGCUUUUUCUUACUUUGGUUUUGCAUUGUAUUUUGGAGUGAAGAGUGUAAUCAAUUAGGAACAUAUAUAUGAUUUAAGUUUAGAGUAUGUGUGAUUAUUAUUAUAACAUUUCUGUUAAAUGAGAGUUGCAGUUGCGCCAUUAUAAAUUUCAAGAUCCUUACCUCCAGUUCCCUUACCUGUAGUGGCAACACCUAUGAUGGUUGAUAGGGGUAUAAAAUAUUACAAUCUUCUUAUAGUCGUUAAUAUACAUCAUUCAUAAGUAUUUCAUACUGAUUCACCAUUAAAAUAAUAAAGUGAAUAAAAAUUGAAGUAAUUGGAAUCAAGAGUGUAAAAUUUAGAAACUUAAUCACCAAAUAAAGGAAAGGUUGAAAAAUUAUUAGAAGAGAAUGAAAAAUUGUUGCAAUUAGUUCGAGAGAAGACUGAACAUGCUUCAAAAUAUAAAGGAGAAUUACUUACUGCCAAAAAGGAAAUCUCAAAGUAUUCUUAUAUUCUAUCAUUCUAGACUCAAGAAAGUCUUAGAUUUAAAGGAGGAAGCAUUAACGGAUAUGAGAUUAAAAAGUUAGAGUAGAAGUAUAUCAAGAGCUAGUGAAAGGAAGGCUGAGUAAAUUAUGCAAGAGAAAUAACUACUCGAAUAAUAAUAUGCGAAAGAAAAAUAAUAUAUGCAAAAUCAAAUAAAUUAACUUAAAGAAGUCAUAGAAUCUUAAUCAUCUUAAAAUCAAUCCCUUUAUAAUAUUGAUUAUCAACAAUAAAAUAUUUCUAAUCCUAAUUAGUAAAUUGAAUUAUUUGGUCAAUAACCAUCAUCAUCAGGUUAAAUUAUUAAAGGUAGUUAAAAAAGCAUAAAGAAACCUUAAUCAGCUAAUUAAAUUUAAUUUGAAGUUCCAGAAUAUACAAAUGUUUAAUCAAAGAAUCCUCAAGUUUAAGAUCAUUUAAGAAAAUUAUCUUAAGCAUUUUAGGAUAAAGAUCAAAAAUAAAUCUCACCUAUCAAAAAUGAUUAAGGAUAAGAUUAAUCUUAAGAAUAAGUUUAACAUUCUAAACGUAAAUCAUAUGUCUAACCAGACUAAUCAAAUAAUCAAGAUUAAUAAGUGAUGAGAAAAGAUCAAUAAAAAUAAUAGUCUUAUAAAUAGCCUGAUUAAAUUUAAAGAAAAUCCAUAUCUCCAACAUAUGAAUAAUAAUAACCAGAUUAAUUGAAUUCAAUCAGAUAGAAUUAAAGAUAAUAAUCUUAUAAAUAAGGAGAUAUUUAAAGAAAAUCUAUUUCUCCAAAUCAGGAUGAUGCUGCUAUUGAUUUAAGAGUAGAUAAUCGACAAAAUCAUUCUAGAUAACCAUCAUAUAAAUAAUAAAUUCCAGCAACUGAUUAAUAAAGAAAUACUCAUAGAAAACAAUCAAGCACUCUUGAAUAAUACUAAGUUCAAAUUAAUUAAUUAAAUGAUGAAUUACUUUAAGCUAGACAUCAAGAAGAUGAAUUAAAAUCUUAAAUGAACUUAUUAAAUUAAUAACUUUAGGAAUAGAAAUUAAUUAUAGAUAAUUUGUAAUUUGAUUAGAAUACAAAAUAAGAAUAAAUAUAAAAAUAUAAAUAAGAUUUAUAAAGUUAAAAUUAAGAAUUAUAAAAGCAAUUAUCAAAUAAUAAAGAUUUAUAGUUUCAACUUUCAAAGUUAUAAAGAAAUAAUGAUUCAUAAAAUAAGUUAUUAGAUUAAAAGCUCUAAGAAAAUUUGCGUAAAUAAAAUAUUUUAGAAAAGUAAUUACAAGAAUCUAAUUAAAUUAUAGAGAAACUUGAAUAAGAAAAUUAAGAUAUAUCACAUAAAUUUGAAUAAGAAAAAGAUGAUCUUAUCAAAGAAUAUGAAGAAUAAUUAGAAUAGAAAUAAUAAGAAUUAAUCGAAUUAAAUUAAUCAGCCCUUUAGGAUAAAACAUCUAAAGUUGAAAUUGAAAUUUAAUUCAAUUAACUAAAAUAAAAAGAAGCAAAUUUCAAUUCUGAAAUUGACAAAAUUAGAAAACAAAAAGAUCUAAUGAAAGCUUAGUUAGAUGAAACUUAAAAAAGUCUCAAUUAAGCAAAACUUUAAAUAAGUCAGAUAGAAUCAGAACACACAGCAUAAGUAGAAUUAAGAGAAUAAUUAGAAACUAAUUAUGCUAUUUUAUAGAAAGAAUAUGGAGAAUUUAAAGAGAAUUCUAUUUCUUAAUUUAAUAGUAAGAUGAAUAGUUAUUAAUAAAAAGCAUAAUUAGAAUAUGACAAAUUAAAGAAAUAAAGUUUACAAUAGUAAACAGAAUUAGAAAAAGUAUAUCUAGAGAAAUCAGAAUUGGAAUAGGAAUUGAAUAAUACUCAAUAAGAUUUAGGACAUCAAUAUUAAGAAGUAACUUAAUAAUUAUAAACUGCUAAGCAAACUAUAAAUGAAUAGAAAAAACAAUUAAAAUAAUUAGGAUAAUAGAAUUAGUAAUUAAAUUAGGAACAUUAGGAUUUAUCAGUUCAUUAUCAAUAAUAAGAAAGCGAAUUGAAUUAAUUAAGAUAAGAAUUAUAAACUUAAUAAGAUCAAUGUUAAUCACUUAGAUUUGAUAUUUCAAGAAUAUAGAUAGAUAAAGCAUAAUUGGAAUCAACAAAUAAACAAUAAAAGUAGAUGGAUUAAUUAAUGUUAGAAAAUGAUUCAAUAUUACAUACAAAUGAAUAAUUAUAAACAGAUCGUAAUUAAUUAGCUGAUACACUUUAAUAAAAGGAGAGCGAGAUUGGGAGAUAAAAAAAGAAUAUCGAUUAAUUGAAAUAAUAAAACUAAUAAAAUGUUGAGUAAAUAAAGAAAUUGUAAUCUGAGUUAGCUGAAAAGGAGAUUUUAGCUGAAAAAUGUUAAAGUGAAUUCAAUAACUUUUAAAGAGAACUUUAAUUAUUAAGAAAGGAGAAUGAUAGAUUAUCAGCAGAUACAUAAAAAUAUGUUGAACAACUUGAGUAAGAGAAAAUUAAUUCAGGAAAGAAGCUUGAUAAUUUAUAGACUCAAUUAUAAUAAUAAAUUCUAUAGAGAGAUUAAGAAUAUGAUGAUUUAGAUAAAUCUAGUAGAUCAGCCUUUGUUGAAUUAUAAUCUCGAAAACAAGAGACAUCAUUGUAGUAGAGACGUUUAGAAUAAUAAACAGAGUUCAUUAAAUAAUUAACUGAAUAAUUAGAGAAGGUUUCCCAAUAGAAUAAAAAUUUAUUAAAUGAUUCAUAGUUGAAUAAAUAACAACAUGAAUAAUAGUAAUAGGAAUUUGAAUUCACUAUCAAAGAUUUAUAAGCAAAUCUUUAAAAGUAAUAAUAUGUUUAGGAAGAAUUAUAAAAAGAAAUUUAAAAAUAAAAAUUAUAAGAAGCUAAAUAAAGAGAAAAUAAUGAAAUUGAAAAAGAAAAAAUGAAUUAGAUGAUGCUAAAAUUAGAAGAAAAGUUAGAACAACAUAAAACUGAUACCGGUGCUGAUUUAUAAGAAUAUGAAAUAUUUAAAUAGACAAAUUUAUAAUUAAAUAGUGAAUUGGAAAGAAUUAGAGGAGAAAAUGCAGAUUUACAUGAAAUUGUUAUAUAACUUUAAAAAGAAAAUGUAUCUUUAAGAGAUCAUCAUCAAUAAAUGAUUUCUUAGAUUGAAGAAAAUCAUCAAGCAAGUGAAAAGUUGAGAACUUUAUGUUAAUAAUAUGAAUAAGAAAUUAUUUUAUUAAGAAGAUAGGUAAUUAUAUAAUUUAUUUAUUGUUUAGCCAGAAUAAGGAUUAUAUGAAUAACCAAAGGCAGGAUUUAUUAAAACGAAAAAUAGUAGAAGAAUAGAAGAAAUGGAGAGAGAAAAUAUUUAUUAUUAAUAAGAGAUUUAGAAACUAAAAUCAGUAAUUGAUGAGAUCUAAAAUAAUUAAAAUUAUAAUUCAACUCCAACUCCUGAGAGAAAAUAGUUGAAUUAAUAAUAAAGUUUAUCUUAAAAAAAACAUUUGUUUGAAUAAAAGCCUAAAUCAAUAGAUAACACUAUAAGGAAAUAAUUAUAAUGA